AUGCUGCGGCUGCAAAGUGCAGCACGGGACUCCUUGUGCUUCUGCCGGCAAACCAAAAAGCUUGGUAGUGUCCUCUGGUUGAGGUCUUUCAGCGUCGUCAAUGAUUCGGACGUGUCGGUGCAGCAAAAGGUCGUUUUCACAGCGGAGAAGCCAAAAAGAUCAGCUGAAGACACGCAGAAGGCCAUCAGACAUGCCACAAUGCUGAUGGCUGGCGGCAUGGGCUCAGCAUUCAUGGGAAUGGCACCAUUCGCCAGCCCCAAUUUCUUCAUGAUAGGCUUACUGGCGGCCAUGGUCCAAGUGCACUUCGGCUAUGGGUACAUGCAGCGGAUAUACUGGACACAGAGGAGGCGAUACGUUCUGAAGAUGGAGAGAACGGAGGAUGCCAAUGGUGUCGUCACAGUCACGGUGAACUGCGAUGCCGGCGUCACGCGAAAAUUCGAGCUGACCGAUGAGGCCGCGACUGGCCAGAACCCUUCUUUGAAGGAGAUCAUAGAGAAGGGCGGCACCUUCAUGUUCAUAGAUAAGGAGGCAGGCGAAAUCCAGGAUGCAGAGAUGCUGGACACACUCCUCCAGUCUGACCGCGGAAUUCGAGACGAAAAGGUGACAGCAGAGCCUGUGAUGGAAGAAACAAAGGAGCAGUCGCUCAGGAUCGUCCAAAAGUUCGAGGAGUUAACUCGAGAGCACCUUGAAAAGAUUCCAGAGCAGGACAACAAGUCUUCACCACAGGAGGGCCUGCGCCAGCUGGAGAGGACGGCGCAAAUGGUCGGUUCUGGCUGCAUGGUCGGUGGGCUGCUCAUUUGGGUGCUGGGCGAUUGGAGCGCACAAGCCGCCAUCCGAGCGGCUUCAGAAAACUACAAACCUCAAGCUACAUUGUCACCGGAGGGGGUGGAUCCUCCGCAGAUGCGCGGCGUGGCUUCCAACUCCACGAACUGGGCUCCGGCCUUGGGCGUCGCGGCCGCUGCGACGGCGGUGGCCGCCAACCGGCGCCAAAGCCGGCUCAGCCGCCGAGCAGUUGGUGAGCGCAGUGAGGCUUCCCGCCAGCCGAAGACUAGCAGGUCAGCGGUCACUGAGAAGCUGGUGACAAGUAUCGAUCCUUCCGCAGGCCCACAGGGCACGUAUCAGGUGGGCAUCGACUUCAAGAACUGGCUGCAGUCUGCUGAGGAGGAGCUGGAGGUGGAUGGUCUGCGAGUGGAGGGCCAUAUCCCCGCAUGGCUCCGCGGUCACUUGGCCACGGACCUGGAAGAUUCUUCACCAGGGAUCCAGGGCCGCUGCCUGGAAGAGAUGGACGUUCUUGAGCAGGAGGAGGAAGUGCUGCGGCCGCGGCGAGAGCGCGGAGUUCCAGGUGCAGGGCAGAUCCUUUCUUCGGAGAGGGAACGCGGCCUUGAGGACUUUGCCGUGGCCUUUGGUGGUGGUGGUGUACGCUCAGGGGCCUUCUGCACUGGGGCACUGUGGGCGCUAGCCGAGGUAGGCCGUCUACGGCACGUGACGCAUCUGUCCUCUGUGUCAGGAGGCUCCAUCGCGGCUUCCGGCUUCGCCUCUUUCCUGGUGGGCCGGCAGCCGCCCGCGGACAGCAAGCCAGAUGCCGCCGCAACUGAUAGCUGGUACAGAGAGGUUGUGGCGGAAUUCAUCGAGCGCAGCCAGCGAAAUGCGGGCUACCUGGUAUCUUUCAACAAUCUUUGGAAGGCACCUGAAGAUGACUCGUCUUCAGUCCCCAGAAUCCUGGACCUGCCACUAAUGGGUGUGGUGGUGCUGGGAGUUCUCGUCGCUGCUCCGGUGAUCUUCUGUGUCUUUUAUGUAGUGCCCGUCUCGUUGCUCAUAGAGGCGUACUGGGGUGGAACGCUGCGACACUGCUUUUGCAUUCCGCCGAGCACCAAAAGGAAGUGUUCGGUAGCUGACUUGAUCCAGCUCUCCGGGGCCGUGAGCGGCUACGUCAUCGGCUGCUUCGUCUUGGCACUGGUGGUGCUCGCAUUCAUCUACAAGUGCACCCAUUUAGAGGGGCGGCGGCCGACAAGGAGAUACCUUUACUGGCGGUCAUGUGUCAACCUCAGCAGUCGAUGGCUGGUCAUGCUGCUGUUGAUUCUGGCUACUGUCUUGUUGGUCUACACAGCUGAAUGGUGGGAUUAUGGCGAGCUGCGGGCCUCGGACGGCGCAAAUGUUUGCCAGCAUUACUGGAGGCAAGUCAACAGAACACAAGGAGAUGGCCUUUGUUCUGGCGUGUGGCCGAAAGAUGCACACUGGCCAGGGCAGCAAAAUCUUCACGACUUCAGACUCGACACGAUAGAGCGCAUCGAGGAAGUGUUACCUUUCUAUCUCAACUCCAGCACAGCUGAAGGUGAUCCAGAUCCAAGUUUCGGUGAGGAGAGGCGCGUGCCUUUUAUCUUGCUCUUCUUCCUCGUUACGGUUCUCUUCGGCCUAGUGGCUUUGAGCUUCAAAGCACUGGGUUGGGGUGGUGUCCUGCGUGUCUUCCUGGUUGUGCUGCUGCCUCUCUGGUUUAUCUGGCCAACGACAUUUCUGCUCCAGUGGCGUAUCUUCGGACCUGUAACGCACCAGCCUCUGUUCACGCCGCUCUUCGGGACGCAAAUCUUCGGUCAAUAUUCUGACAAAGCCUGGAACUGCUUCACGGGCAUUUUCCUGACUCUGGCGAUUGUAGCCAUGCCCGGCUUUAACUUCUUCCACCGCUUCGUCCACAUUUAUUUUCGUGUGUCUCUGCAGCGUGCAUUUUAUUGCGGUGGCAAAGAUGUUCCCACCCCGGAGGUGGCCAAAUGCCCAUGGUCUCCAAUACUGUUGUUUGGUGCGACCCUCAAUGAAUACCAACGACCUCAAGAUGACGAGCCCCACUGCCUUUUUUCCUUGUCGCAGCAUGCGAUGGGAUGCGAAAGGACAAAGUACCUUCGAAGCCCGCAGUGGAUGACUCUGUCGAAGUGCAUGACCCUGAGCUGCGCGGCCAUUGAUGGAUUCGUGUUGACACAAAUAAACAAGUGGCACACGCGAAUCCUGAUGGCGAUGCUCAACCUGACCCAAGGUGACUGGCUCCGCUUUGACAUGGGCCAAAACUGGCACAGUUUAUCGAAGCGAUACCCAUCGCUUUUAGAGCAGCCGCAUUUGGCCAGCCUGAUCGACAGGCUUCCGGAGAUCUUGACGUUAUCGUGCAUCUACUUGUUCUGCUUGCUCUUCAACCUGAAUUCAUCCUAUAGUGCCGGCCAGAAUGAGGUCGAAGCAUGCACACCUUUCUGGAUUUUCAGAUUCCUCGCAGCCGCCUUCAUCGGCGUUUUCAUAGGCGGCCUCAGCUUCUUCGGCCACGUGCGAUGCUUCGCGUGGCUCCUUGCAUCUCCGGUAAUCCGUCAAAUCCACAUGUUCCUCAUGCAUCACGAGUGCAUGGAGAACCCGCCCAUGUAUCUCUAUCUCACGGAUGGCGGCCCCGUCGAGGAUCUAGGACUCGUUCAACUCCUGAGGCGCCGGCGCCGCUGGAUCUUGUCGUUUGACGUGGGCGACGACCCGGCUUGCGAGCUGAUCGAUCUUCGUGCAUCGAUAGCUCUGGCACGAAAGGAGCGAAUCUGCAGUUUUUACCUGGCCGAGGAUCCCAGGAGGGACUUGGAAGAGGUGAUCGACGAGUUUGCCAAAGGCCGCGAACGGUUUCUUCAUCUCGGUGUCCUUUACAAGGGUGCGACGGGCGAGGAACGAGAGAUCGGCGAGAUCUUCCACGUCCGAAUGCGCCUUUUGGACCCCCCAACCGGGGUCGCAGUCCAGCCCCUCGUGCAGGCUGAGGAAGUGACCUCGCAGAGGACCGUGCUUUCCGCAACACGCCAGAUGGUCCAUCUUUGUCCACCCCAUGCUGAUCUGGAGCUCUCUGCACCCAUGAAUGCUGGGCCACAGGACUACACCUCGUCGCAGACGUCAGGCAGCUCGGAUAGCACGCCCACCCAGAAGAGGGCGGAACUCGGAGGCAUCUGCUGCGAAUGCUGCCAUGAGUGGGCACACGGUGGCGCAUGCGGGGCUUUCCCGAACACGCACACGAUCAACCAGUUCUUCACGCCGAAGGCACGCAGCAUUGAGGAUCAAGCACGCCUGAAUUGUGGUCUACCUUCGUCCAGUCGCUUGCUGAUGAUUCUGUGCCGGCAGUUCCUGCGUUCACAGCACUCUUGCAUAGGUUUGGGCAAACUUCUGCCGGCUUGGUCGGGAGACUUAUCUCAACUAGACUGGACCGGCAAAGACGCUGGUUCUCGGAGUUGCCUCCAUGAUCAAAAGUUGUCACGAGAAGCGAAGCGGAUCUGCGAGAGGGCGCUGGUUUUGCUCUUUCAUGUUUCUGGUGGCCCAAUGCAUUCUCCAGUUAUCACUGAGGAAAUGGCGGCCCCGGCCAUCGAAGCGCUGACGAAAGCGCAGGCUCUGCGUGAUGCGACAUCUCCUGAAGGCACCCUCACAACUCUGCUUGUAACCAGGUUCGCGAAGCCAACGCACGCAGGAACGCUUCCAGAGGUGCACGCAGGGCCAGCGAAAUUCGAGUUCGGAGACGACGAGUUCGUAGACUGGGUUGACGGGCAGGCCAUGCUGUAUCGCCUGAAGAUUGGCGGCGACGGCGACUGCCAGUACAAAAACAGGUGGCUGGACACCUGGAACCAUCGCAUGCAUCGCGAGGCCGGGCGCAUUGCCGUCCGGGAGACCUGCUCCAGGCCAUCUCUCAAGAACUUCUGGGAGCGCUUCAUGUACCUCUUCAGCCCUCCCAACAACGAGAACGGCAACCUCCACAUCUCCCAGAUCGCCGGCUCGCGGUGUGUGUCCAUGUCCGUUGGAUCGGCCUGCCUCGAAUUCGAGCUGGACAAGAUGAACACGCUGGGCAAGGUGCCGUUUGAUGAUGAGCUAGUGGAGGGAGGUCCUCUGAUCUUCCACGCUGAGCCUCAUGUCGACAAGGACACAGGUGAGUGGGUGACAUGCGCGAUCCAGCUCCGCAUCAGCCCUGAGGACAUGGGCCUCAAGCCGGAGUAUGUUGUGUUCUCUGUGAUGCCGGAUACCUCGAAGACUCCCGGGGCACCGGUUCAGCGCCGCCUGAUUCGUCGCAUCUCGACGGAGUAUCCGUCCCCUGUCCACACCAUCGCACUGACGAAGAAGUACAUCGUCAUGAUCCAGAUUCCAUACCCGUUGAACUGGGAUGGCAUGCUCAAUGCGGAGGCGAGAUGGUUGAUGAAUGGUGUUUACGAAGGCAAUCUCAACGACUACAACACUUGGCAACCAGAGCGCCCCACGACCAUCCGCAUCAUCAACCGAGUCACGGGCGAAGAGACCCAGACCUUCGAGACCGAUCCGUUUUUCUUCUUCCACAUCAUUAACUCUUUUGAGGAAGCGGGUGGACCAACCGGCGAGGACGAGAUUGUUAACCUCGACGUUGUCUGCUACAACGAACCGCCUGUGGGCUUCCCUCUGCGACAGGCAAGAUCUGGUGACGUCGAGGAUUGGCGCGGUGGUGGUGGAGAGGUCCGACGGUUCGCCAUGAACAUCAGGACGGGAGAGUGCACCUGCACCGGCUGGCCGGACAAUUGCUUCGACGAGCCGAAGAUCAACCCAAAGGUCGACGGUAUCCGGCACAAGUACAGCUGGGGCGUCAUUGAUGACAACGGCAUGCUUCGCCUGACGAAGCAGGACCACGACAGCCACGAAGUUUGGAAGUGGGAAGGCCAAGAUGUGUCCCGUGAAUUGCCUUGGCAGCCAGUGUUUGUGCCGGAGCCAUACAGCAACGAGGAGGACGCAGGUGCAAUUCUGAGCUUCGUUCGGGACCAGCCCACCGGUGAUACCUUCUGCGUCGUCCUGGACUCGAAGACCAUGGAGGAGCAGGCUCGCAUCCAUUUUCCUCAAGGUCAUCACGUGCCUCUGCACGGCCAUGGGACUUUCAUCUCUGGCGGCGUCUGA